AUGGACCGGCAAGUGAGCCUCACCUGGCUGCUGCUGUUGAGUGCUGCUCUGCUGUCCCAGCCAGCAACAAGCUCACCCACCACGUCAGCCUCGUCGACUGCUGAAGCAGCAACCACUACCAACACCCCCGUUUACCUGCCCAAGCACCUGCGGCUGACCUUACUGAAAUACCUGUCUGGCCUGUGCCAGCCCAGGAGACCUGGGAUGCAGAGUGUGCAGCUACACAGGUGUGUAAGGGACCCAUCCUGUGGGAACUACUCUUUACCAGGCCAGAGGGUCAUUCACUUCAGGCUCAGAGGUGCCACGUACCCAAGAGCUUGCCUGCGGUGCGAGGUGCUGGCGUGCAACGCCUCGCGCUCCCCCCACCCACGGCGCUAUGGCUACCGGGGCAAGCGCAGCGCUAAGGACAAGGUCACCAUCAUCAUCAUCCCCAAAGCCUUGCAAGCUGAUUCUUCUUGUUGUUGUUCUUCAGCAGGUAUGCCUCGCUGUGGGGCUUCAUUGCAAGAGCCCAACAAAGCACUGAGGAUUCAACUAGAUGCGAAUGCAAACUGCAUCUGGCAAAUCCAGAGGGAUACAAAUCAAACCAUCAGGCUCAUUUUCUCCUAUUUUAAAUUUGCUCCUUCUUCAAGCUGUGAAGCAGAAAGCAUUAAAGUCUAUGAUGGUCCCUCAACCAAUUCACCUCUUCUUGAGCGAGUGUGUAGUGACAGCAACGCAGUCCCAGUGCUGGAAUCAUCCUCCAACAGCUUAACCUUCCUGAUAACAACCGACUCACAGGCCUCCAGGCGGAACUUUGCAGCCUACUAUUACUUCUUUUCACCAGACACAAACACUGAAAGUUGUGGGGGACAAUUAUCUGGUCCCAGUGGGACUCUGACCAGCCCAAACUACCCAGCACCUUACCCUGACUUCACAUACUGUGUCUGGCACAUACAAACAGAAAACAACACGAGGAUCGAGUUACAGUUCCAGGAUGUUUUCCUGGAACUAGACCAAAAUUGCCAAUUUGACUUCACAGCAGUGUAUGAUGGCCCCACCACUGACACAGGCUUAAUAGGAAAAAUAUGUGGCCUUGCUAAGCCCACCUAUGAAUCUUCCUCAAAUACAUUGACAGUUGUGCUGGCUACAGACCAUGCCAGCUCCUACAGAGGGUUCUCUGCUCAGUACAGCAGUGUGGCACUGCCAGGCCCUGUGGAGCCCGACACGCUCCUCACCUGUUCUUCAGAUGAAAUGAAAAUUGUUCUGAGCAAGCCUUACCUGGCUUCCCUUGGCUACAGUGAAACUCAGCUCCAGCUGAAUGAUCCAUCUUGCAGGCCAGUUGUAUCAGACUCUGUGAUCUUUUCCUUCCCAUUAGCCAGCUGUGGGACAAUUAAAAAGGAUGAAGGUCAGAGCAUCACCUACACCAACAUCAUCUCUCUCUCUGCAACUGGCAGUGUUAUCACCCGCCAGAAGAGCCUCCAGAUCAUCAUGAAGUGCAAAAUGUACAACAACUCAACAUUGGAAGUCCUUUAUGUAACCCAAAACAACAUCAUCCAAAGGGCAGGUGCUGUGGGCAGGUACAACCUCAGCAUGUCCUUCUACGACUCGGAUUCCUUCUCCAAGCCCAUAGGCCAGGCCCCCUACGAAGUCGACCUGAACCAAACUCUCUUUGCUCAAGUCAGCCUCCGCUCCACUGACCCCAACCUCCUGGUGUUUGUGGAUACCUGCACAGCAUCUCCACAAGCUGACUUUACUUCACCAACAUAUGACUUAAUCAAAAGUGGGUGCAGUAAUGAUGAGACUGUGCUAACCUACCCACCGCUGGAGCACUACGGACGGUUCCAGUUCAACGCCUUCACGUUCCUGCACAGCUCUCCCUCAGUUUAUCUGCAGUGUGACAUUGUGAUUUGUGACAGCCAAGCCCCAGACUCUCGCUGUACCAAAGGCUGUCUCUCCAGACACAAGAGAGCUGCAUCCUCAUACCUGUGGAAAACCAACACUGCCGUAGGGCCCAUCCGGCUGAAGAGAGCACUCAGGGCUGCUGCUCACUCAGAAUCCCUCACUAAAGCAGGUGCUGAAGGAACCAUGAACCUUCAACAAAGCCACUUCUACGCUUUUGCCUUUGUGGUUUUAAUUUCAAACAUUGUCACUGUGGUAGCUGUGAUACUAAAAUAUCACAAAUACCAAGCAGGAUAUGGCUACCAAAAACUCCAGAGCUCAUCUUAA